UCUUACGACAACGUAAUUUCGCAAACAAAAUGGUAGUUAAUAUCCAAAUAAGUCAAUGGAUUAAUCAGGUUUCCGUCCAGAAUGAUGCAAUCAUUGGGUAUUGUAAAUUUUUGCAUCUCAUGAAUGAUAAACCAAAUAUUCCACUCGUUCCGACAUUAGAUAUCGAUCUUGGGUGGCAUACGCAUAUCUUACAUGGACAAAAUUAUCGCGCAUGGAAUAGAAAGUAUCUUUUACGGAUAGUUAAUCACAGUGAUACUAUUCCGAAGAAGACAUUGAAUGAUGGCUAUGUUGAAACCGAGAGUUUAUGGUCCAGGGAAUAUAAAGAAGCAUAUGUUGCUCCGAACUCUCCAGAAAAUCUUCCUGUGACGUCUAUAGUG